UCUCCUCCAAAUCCUGCAAAAGCCCCAAAUCUCCUUCAAGGUUUCAACUCUCCAGUCCCCUCCAAUUUUUGGCUUCAGCUUCGUCAAUUUAACUAAAGGCCUAUGCUCAGCUGAUCUAGAUGAAGAUGACAAUAAAUAGCUUGGUUUCUACUUCAGCAUCACACCCGGCUUUGUCAUGCGCUCCCGGAGUGUUCGUAGAACAUUAGUUGCUAAGACAUCGUGGAGUUCCUGGCAGUGUGAGAUCAGCAUGCAUGGAGGAAGAGAGACAAGCGCUUCUCAGCUUCAGACACGAUCUUGCAGAUCCUUCCGGUAGGCUUUCUUCUUGGAUUGGUUACGAGUGCUGUCAAUGGAAGGGAUUUCAUGCAACAACCUCACUGGUCAUGUUGUGAAAAUGGACCUCAGUAACGCAUACUAUUCCAUUUCCUAUGAGGAGUGGGAACUGUGGGAUGAGGUGGCUUACAGAAGGUCUCUCUUGAGGGGUAAGAUAAAUCCUUCAUUGCUUAGCCUGAAACAUUUAAAUUACCUAGAUCUAAGCUGGAACGAUUUUGAGCUUCCCCAAUUCAUCGGUCAACUUCGGAGUUUGAGGUAUCUCAAUCUCUCUGCAUUUUCAUCAUACGGGGGAGUGAUUCCAGAGUCUAUUGGGAAUUUGUCAUCCUGCUUGAAAACACUUGACCUUUCUAAUAAUUACUUUGAUGGGAUUCGCAUUCCUGAGUUCUUUGGUCAGCUUAAAAGUUUGCAAUUUCUUGACAUGUCCUAUUCUUCUUUUGAAAUUACCUCUAAUCUUGCUAACCUAUCAGACUUGAUCUAUCUGGACCUCGGUGGGAAUUUCUGGUCAAUAAAAACUUCCAAAAACUUGAAUUGGUUUUCUCAACUCUCUUUCUUAAAAUACCUCAAUCUCCAAUCGUUGGACCUUAGCAGAGCUGGAGAUAGUUGGCUACUUGCUGCUAACAUGCUUCCCUCACUGUUAGAGCUACAUUUGUCUUUCUGCCAGAUUGAACAUAUUCCAGUCUCAUUGCCAAAGAUAAACAUCACAUCCCUUUUGAUCCUUGAUAUGUCACAGAAUUGGAUCGUAUCGUCAAUUCCCAGCUGGUUGUUUAACCUUACCAGCCUCAGAAAACUUGAUCUAAGUGGGAAUUCUUUCGGUGGUUCCAUAGCUUGGGAAUUGGGAAGCCUCAAAAAUCUGGAAGAGCUUGAUUUAUCUAGUAAUGGCUUCGAAGGUCAAGUUCCGAGACUCAUUGGAAAUUCGAGUAAGCUAAAGAUCUUAAAUCUUGCGAAUAACAAGAUUGUUGGGGGGCUUCCAGAGCUGUUGGGUGGUUGUUUAGGAUGUACAAAUGAUAAACUAGAGUCAGUAGAUUUGUCUUUGAAUAGGCUAAACUGCAAAUUUCCUGCUUCACUGGGGAUGUUACAAAAUUUGCAGUAUCUUAAUCUUGAGUCCAACACUGUUGGGGGCACAAUUCCAGAGUCAAUAGGAAACUUGUCAUCCUUGAAAACUCUAAAUCUCAGGUAUAAUCAUAUGAAUGGGUCCGUUCCUGAAAGUCUGGGACAACUCUCUCAGCUACUUCAGUUAGAUCUGUCAGAGAAUUCCUGGGCAGGUAGUCUAUUGGAAUCCCAUUUCAUCAAUCUCACUAGGUUAGAGUCUUUUGCAGUCAGCACAAAUCAACCUAUGUCCAUCAUUUUCAAUGCGACUUGGGUUGCUCCUUUUAUGCUCAACACAAUUGACAUUAGGAAAUGUAGCGUAGAUCCGUCCUUUCUUGUAUGGCUUCAAUCUCAAACUGAAUUGUCCAUCGUUACCCUUUCAAGUACAAACAUCUUGGGUCCCAUAUCAGAGGAAUGGUUCUUCAAGUUUCCCCAAAUCGAGUAUUUGGAUUUAUCUUACAAUCAAAUCCCUGGAAAGCUUCCAUUGCUACUGAAAUGUCCAAAUCUAAAUCAUAUAGAUUUGAGUCAUAACCAAUUUGAAGGUCCAUUUCCAUUUUAUUCUUCUAAUGUCUCAAUUCUCAAUCUCGAAAGCAAUUUACUUUCGGGGCCAAUUCCCUCGAAUUUGGACCAGUUGAUGCCUAACUUGAGAGAACUGUAUCUCUCUGAGAAUAAAUUGAAUGGUACUAUUCCAGCAUCUAUGUGCAACAUGACAAACUUGGCAAUUCUUACAUUGAGGAGAAAUCAAUUGUCUGGAGAAUUCCCUCAAGCAUGGAGUCUGUGGAGCAAUAUACUGGUAGUAGAUGUAGGAUACAAUAAUCUCUCUGGUGAUAUUCCCAGCUCAAUGGGUGUUCCAAGCUCUCUUGCUAUAUUGAAGCUGAACAACAACAACUUUGGGGGUGAACUUCCUUCUUUGAUAUUUGAGAAUUGCACAAGAUUGAAGAGUGUCGAUCUUGGAAGCAACCGAUUCACUGGAAGCCUACCUUCAAAGAUAUCAUCAGAAUUGUUUAUCCUACGGCUACGAUCCAACUUUUUCAGUGGGCAUAUACCCCAUGAGUUGUGCCUUCUUUCCAUGCUUCAUGUCUUGGACCUUGGUGACAACAACUUUUCAGGGACUAUUCCCAAGUGUUUGAAGGAAAUGUAUUCCUUGGUUGAAAGCUUUUCCAACGUCAGUUACUAUGAUAGUUAUUUUGAGCAAAUCACGUUGAUGUCAAAAGGAACAGAACUGACAUACAACAAGACUAUUUUUUUCGUGAAUAUCAUUGAUCUUUCGUCAAACAAUUUAGAAGGUGAAAUCCCUGAAGAAGUAAGUAGUCUCGCUGGAUUGGGUACCUUGAACUUGUCAAGGAAUCAUUUAAGCGGACAGAUUCCCUCGAAGAUUGGAAACUUGCGAUGGUUGGAAACCCUUGAUCUCUCACAUAAUCACCUCUCGGGACCGAUUCCUCAAAGUUUUUCUACUUUAACCUCCUUGUCUCACUUGAAUUUGUCCUACAACAACUUGGCCGGAAGAAUUCCCUCGAGCACACAACUUACUACACUUGUUGAUUCAUCAAUAUACGAAGCCAAUCCAUUAUUGUGUGGGGUUCCUCUUGCAACCAAGUGCUCGGGAGAUAGCACACCUGCUGCUCUGGAUGGGAAAGACGACAAAGAUGAAGAUGACAAUGAAAAGCUUGUUUUCUAUGGUAGCAUUGUAUUUGGCUUUAUCAUAGGCUUUUGGGGUGUUUGUGGCGCAUUGCUUAUCAAGAAAUCAUGGAGGUAUGCUUACUUUCAAUUCUUUGAUAAAAUCAAAGAUCAGGUUGCAUUAAGGAUUGCAUUGACAGUGGCUCGUUGGCAUCGAAGGAGGUCUUUAUUGGUUUAAUUAUAUACCUUCUGUUAAUGUUUUAUUCAUAUCGUGUACAAAGCUGCUUCUGCAGUUUUCCUGAAUGACAAAGCUAUUUCACUCUCUGUUUCCUUUUC